AUGGAGACCACGGACGAGUGGAUCACCCAACGGACCGGCAUCCGGCGGCGGCACGUGCUCCAACCGGAGGAGAGCUUGGUGUCCUUGUCGGUGAAAGCGGCCAAGAAAGCCUUAAAGGACGCCCAGCUCGCGCCCGAAGAUGUUGAUCUUUUGAUCCAUGCGACCUCCACUCCGGACGAUUUGUUCGGGAGUGGGCCACAGGUCGCCUCGCUGCUGGGCGCUGAGAGGGCGACGGCCUUUGACCUCACCGCAGCCUGCUCGGGCUUCGUGUUUGCUCUGGUGACCGCGGCGCAGUACGUGCGCUCCGGCGCCUUCAAGAACGUCUUAGUCGUUGGCGCCGACUGCCUGAGUCGCUUCGUGGAUUGGUCGGACCGGAGCACGUGCGUCCUCUUCGGCGACGGCGCGGGCGCCAUGGUCAUCACUCAGACCGAGGCUUCGAAGGACGAGCCCACACGGCAGUCCAGGCUUCAUGGCUUUAUGGUGGCGGUCCUGGAGGACCCUGAGCUUUUCCAAGCCUGGGUCUACAUGCAACGGACGAAGACCUUCGGUGACGACCAGGAGCUCCCACCGAGUGAGGAGGUCCAUGCCUCUCUCGUAUGCGAGCUCAUGAACGAGGAAGGGACGGAAGGAAUGGCCGGAGCCGCGACAACAAGGCCUUGCUGUCAUCGGAUGAUUUCUUUGUGA